GUUUCUAUUAAAGGUCUGCCAGGAUUUAUAAUUAACGAUAAUAUUGGAUAUCUCAAUGUAGAUGAAUAAUAGUGAGACUGUCGAAGAAAUUAGAAAAUCUUGAUAACGUUACAAUACGUCGCACAGAUUAAAAUUCUAAUCGAAGUUACGUAUUAUGCUUAUACUUUAUCCACACAAGAUUUUGGUGGUAAUGUGAAAAUUGUUUAAUUAAUUCAUUUCAUUUCAAGUUUUUUCUUGAAAAACAUUUUUCCCCCGCACUUAGUCGUACUUCCAAUACUUGUGCUGUGAAAAAAGCUAUCAAGCAAGUCAACGCCAUUUUUGAAGUGUUGUGAACAAGCGUGGCGCUCAGUGACAUUUUCUAAUAAAUUUGAAGAAAAAAAUGAAUUUUUAAAUGAUUUCGUAAAAUACAUUUCCAUAGUGAUGUUUGCCAGUUGACACAAACUAUAAUAGUGCUGGUUUCACUUUUUGCUGACGCUGAGACGAACGAAGUGAAUAAAUAUGACUCAGUUCCUACCACCCAAUUUAUUGGCGCUGUUCGCCCCAAGGGAUCCCAUUACAUAUUUACCACCUGUAGCAAAGCUCCCGCACGAGAAAAAAUCCAGAGGCUAUCAGGGGCUUGGAGAUUUUGUUAAAGAGUUUGAGGAUCCCAAAGAUACCCCGCCGCCCACACGAGUUGAAACUCGUGAAGAAAGGUUGGAAAGAAGACGCAGGGAAAAAGCUGAACAAAUCGCCUAUAAAUUGGAGCAAGAAAUUGCCGUUUGGGACCCCGCGUCUGCUCCAAACAUUACAGCGGACCCAUUUAAGACAUUGUUUGUGGCCCGUAUCAACUAUGACACAUCUGAAUCCAAACUUAGAAGGGAGUUUGAAGUCUACGGACCCAUCAAAAAGAUUAUACUAAUUCAUAACACAGUUAAUGGUAAACCAAGGGGGUAUGCUUUUAUUGAAUAUGAACAUGAGAGAGACAUGCACUCGGCUUACAAGCACGCCGAUGGUAAGAAAAUCGAUGGUAGACGGGUGCUGGUGGAUGUCGAGCGUGCCAGAACCGUCAAGGGUUGGUUGCCCAGAAGAUUGGGUGGUGGACUGGGCGGGACGCGCAGGGGCGGCGCGGACGUCAACAUUAAACACUCGGGCCGCGAGGACAACGAAAGGGAACGGGAACGUUACCGAUUGGAAAGGGAACGCGAGGAGCGCGGUCUGACCGCGGGAGGCGGUGGCGGCGGCGGCGGUGGUGGGGGCGGUAGGGAGCGCGACCGGGACAGGGCGGGGGCCGGGUUCGAACGGCGGCGCUCGAGGUCGCGCGAGCGACGAAGAAGAAGCAGAUCUCGGUCGCCAAGAAGGGAAAAACGCAGGAGAAGCAAGGACAGAGUCAGGGCGGAAUCGGUUGACGACUACGACAGGAGGUCCCGAGAGAAGGACCGAGAUAGGGAUCGCGAGCGCGACAGGAAACGUAGACGUUCAAAGUCGAGGGACAAGGACAGAGAAGCGAGAAAACGAGAACGACGCGAGCGUAGGGAAAGGGAGAAGGGUGAACGGCUCGAGUAUAUCAAAACCGACGACGGCGGAGAGGUUAAGAUCAAAGAGGAGCCGGCGGACGAUUACGAUUACGGUUAUUCGGCACAGCCCUACGAUCAGUCCGCUGUCAAAUACGAAGACGAGGACGAAGAGAAGUACCGGCCGCCUGAAAACGCGAACGGGAAACGUCACUACGAGGAAGAGUACGAAGAAGGCGAGGCUUACUAACUAUUUGGGACUCGGUAAUUAUUAUAAGCGUAUUUCAAUCUACUUUUAGACUUCUAUUUAGGGACGUGUAUUCUUUCCAUUCUCGUCAAUUGCGAAUGGAUUUUCUUUUCUUUAAAUUGAUAUUUAGAUUUUACUGUGGUUACGCAUAAAUUCAAUUGUAAAACGCUCUAACGUUGGGCGAAGACUCGCGCCAGUCCGCCCACCGAUUGUAAGUAGUUCAAAUGGCUAGUAAUAAAUUAAUGGAAAACU